GAAAGAAGCACGUUAAGAAUUAUACGAAAACUCGUCCUUUCCACAGGCUGCCUGUGUUACAAUAGCAGCUCUGAUGCAGUAUUUCUUUAUGGCCGCUUUCUGUUGGAUGCUGAUCGAGGGAAUUUAUCUCUACUUCUUCGUCGUGAAAGUUUACAACAUUAACACCAAAAUGUACAUGUAUCACGUCAUCUCGUGGGGUCUUCCAGUGAUCAUGGUGGCCAUUUCACUUGGCAUCGCUGCUGGAAAAGAAGGGUUACAAAGCUAUACGAGUGAUAAAUAUUGCUGGCUUUCCUCAACUAACAACCUGAUCUGGAUAUUCGUCGCCUUUGUGGCUUUUAUUGAAGUUCUCAACAUUUUGAUACUCCUACGUGUAAUAAGGGAGAUGACCAAUCUGUUGCAGCCAACAGGGGCAGACCACCAUUUUCAGCAAAUACGUCUUGGCAUCAAAACAUGCGUGGUGAUGAUUCCCCAGCUGGGUGUCACGUGGCUAUUCGGUCUCCUCUCGCCUGUACAUAAAGCUUUCGCUUACAUCUUCACCAUACUUAACUCUACUCAGGGUUUCCUGAUUUUCGCUCUACACUGUAUGCGAAACACUCAGAUCAGAGAGCGAUUCAAAAGAAAGAUGAACAUCGUUUUUCCAUCUUCUAUAAAGGACAACUCCACAAGGAAGAGCCCACAGGUCAAUCCAAAUGAGGUUGGGAAUGUAUGGGCAAUUUAAUUGCAGUCAUGUGCUGAAUUUGAAUCGAAAUUGUACUUAAGUUAAAUAACUUGAUUCAGCCAAUCGGAAAUAACAACCAAAUACUUGGAACAAUCACUUAGUUAACGGCAAUAAGUCGCUUACGAUCGGUCUGAGUUACGAUCUGCAGGUAAAAAGAGGUCUGUGUCUGCAUUAUUGUUUAAGCAUUCAACUUGAUGUCUUUGUAACCUAUCAUUUUUAUGAUAAUAAGUUUAUUUUCUAGACGAUCGUAUAUUUGCAGGCAAGAAUCAUCGAAAUAAACCAAUCUAUAAAUUUAAAUUCCUAAUGGCUCCGUAUGCUGAUGACUGCUUUGUUUCACUUACUUAGUUUAUAAACUUCUUAACAAACACUGUUAUUACUUUUAACUACAAGCUAUGGAUAGUCACUGAAAUUAUCAGUUUCUAGAAAUUUCUAGAAUACGUAGUCAUGUUGACAUGCACACGAAGGAACUUUCUGCAAAUUUUUAUUAGGUUGCGUAGCUAUGGUGUAACACCACCAAAAUGGUUUUUGUAAGCUUCUGGAAUUAUCUUGAACACUUUGUACAAAAGGACUCAAUCGUGCAGCAGUAGUAGUUGUUGUUGUCGGGAGUGACUGAUUUUUCAGAGAGUUAUAACGAAAGAGAACUACUGUGGAAGAUUGUUAAUUUCGAGGAACUUGGGAGACAACUGUGAGAUUGUGUCAGUGGUGAGCUAAGAUGUAAUUUGUAGUGGGCUUAAAUAAGUUUAUUUAGCAUAAAAGUGUACUUCCUUUAAGAGUCGCUCCUUAGUAAGAAUAUUAAAGUUGUUUAAUAGUGUUCUUUCUGUUGGUUAAAUUGUACCGUAACAAAAAAUGCCCAUAGUAGUAGCAGCUAAAGUUGACGUUCAAAGCCAUAUCAUGGUUCAACCAGGAAAAUGACACCGACAUUACACUUUCAAAUAAACAAAUAACUUUUAACGACAUCCCCCGUUUAACUCACCAAACCGAUUUCCCAAGACACAGACUACACCUUUUCAUUAUUAUUCUAAUUAUUCUAAUCAAAUCUAUUUAAUCUAAUUAAUC